UUUCUCUCUCUAUCUCCUCCAAAUGUAUUUUUCAACAAAACUCCAGAGGACGUAGUUACAGUUGGUGAUUCGAGAAUUCGUUCCUGAUAAGAUUACAAUAAAAAAAAAAGAACGACAAAACUACGUGACGACAUCACAAGACUCAAGCCUUUUGACGUGUUGACACCUGGUGCUAGUAACAAAUUUAUAAUAUAAUUCAAAGUAUUUCUGCAAGAAGUGAUACAAGUGUCUAAUUUCCGGUGAUUGUUCAUUGGAAUUAAAAAUAAAAAUAAAAAUGGUCGCAGAUCUGAGUCUUCCCAUGGGUUCGAGGUGCAUUAAGUACCUUAUGUUCAUCUUCAAUCUCCUAUUUGUGAUCACUGGAAUUAUUCUGCUGUCGAUUGGAGCAACAAUUCACGCAGUUUACAGCAAUUACCAGCACUUCCUGGACAACAAGUUCUUGUCAGUGCCCUCGUUGUUAAUCGCUGUUGGUUCCAUUAUUUUCUUCAUCGCCUUUUUCGGCUGCUGUGGUGCUGUCAGAGAAAAUUACUGCAUGGUUAUAACGUUUGCCUCGUUGAUGGUUCUCGUCUUUAUCCUCGAACUCUCAGCUGGAAUUUCUGGAUACGUUCUCAGAAAUGAAGCUGCUGACAUGAUCAAGAACAAGAUGUUGGGGACAAUGAGAAAUUACGCUUAUGACAACACAACAACUGAAAUUACACUUGUUUGGGACAAUCUUCAGAAAGAUUUUUCAUGUUGUGGGACCAAUGGACCCACAGACUGGGCCAAUCAGACGAAACUCGAAGGGCUGCCCAUGAGCUGUUGCAAAGAAGUUUCCGGAGCGGUAGGAAAUAUAAGCUGCACAGUCGACAGUAAAACACUGUAUAAAAUUGGCUGUCUCCAUUCCUUCGGGUCAUUUAUCAAAGGGCACGCAGUACAAUUGGGUGGUGCAGGCUUAGGAAUCGCAUUUAUUCAGGGUGUGGGCAUCUGGUUCUCCAUCUACCUGGCGAGGGCCAUAAAAAUGAACUACGAAACAGUUUAAAAGGAGAAUAAAUAGAUUAUUAAAGAAAACUGAAAAAUCCGAGUGAGCGAAAAUAAUCGAGCAGGAUUCACCUUCAUUGUAAAAAGAGUUUCAAAAACAAAAGAUUAAGUGACAGAGAGAAUUUCAGGGUUUCUGGAAGAGAAGAAAUUAAAUCUACCUGUUCAUUUGCAUUUUCCAUUAAUUUGUUUGACGAUUUUGCUGAAACGAUCAGAAACUCUCUCUGGGUAACUAAACUAUAUUGUUGUAUGAGUAUUACAACUUGUUUUGCAUUUUUCAUUUGUACUUGAAUGAGGAGAUAUUAAAGAGAGAAAUUGAGUUGUA